AAUAACAUGAGAACACCUACUUUUUGAGUGCACCCUAAUUUCCUGACCUUUAAUCCCAUAGUUGCUUUAAAAACUUCAACUAAAUCAGUGAGACUUUUCAGUGAUUUGCUCGUUCUUUUAUGUAGAAAAAUGCCGAGAAGUUCAGGAGACUGUCAAGAAAGCCAGUUGUUGUUUGCGGUUCGUCCCCGGGGACCGCCAGAGCUCUUUUGUCCUGCUCAGCAGCGGGACAGUGAAGGCAGCUGAGCUAGCCAUGUUAUUGUUGUUGCUGUGAAACUUCUUUCACUCAUCACCCUUGCGUUCCGCUGGUGCGACCGAAGGCAGCACAAACACCACGAAGAGUUGGUGACGAGGUUGUUUGUGCUCUUCGAUGGUAUCACUUGCUAACGUCAAUGUUAGCAACGAGCCUCUCCGUGUAAAUGCGUUUCACUAGAAUGGACCUGUUGAACUCUCAGCUCCUGGACAAGAUGAACAAUAACAUUGGGAGACUACACUUCGGAGACGAGUCCAGGACACCAUCCAUGUCCAACAUGAGCGGGCCACCGACACACUGCCCGAGCAAGAGGAAGUACGGCGACGAACAACUGGAAGACCAAAUCAAUUGUGAUGAGGACCACAUGACAAAAAUGAGCAGAUUGUUUGCGUCGCAGCUGGCACGUCCUUCUGCCGGGGACAACCGUAAUGAGCACUGGAGGCUCAGUCACAGUCCUGUGGAGCACAUUACUUCCACCUCCAACGGUCUCCAUGGCAACCACCUAUAUGCUUCCAUCUCUGGAUAUGUUGUGGAUCAGCCUCUGGCUCUGACCAAAAGUGCUCUGGAUUCUGGAAUGGCAGGCCGAGAGAGGCCUGCUGUCAGUGGGACUGUGGAGCGGCAGCAGAACCGGCCCUCGGUUAUUAUCUGCGCCCCUGCAAGCAACCGCAACUGUAACCUGUCUCACUGUCACAUGAACGGCUGCUCCCCGAGUCCACCCACUGAUGACAGGAGGACGGAUGUCAACACGGUGUGCGAUCCUGUAAUCGAGGAGCACUUCCGCCGCAGCCUCGGCAAGAACUACAAAGAAACCGAUGCCGUCUCCAGCUCCGUGUCCAACUCGGUGUCCAUCACAGGGACAGUGGAUGACCACUUCGCCAAGGCCUUGGGGGAAACCUGGCUCCAAAUCAAGGCCAAAGGUGGCGGCCAGCAGACCCCGGAGGGUGACCAAUGAGGUCGAGGGAGGCACACACUCAGACACAGUCACGACCGCCACUCACGAGUCGCUUGAUGGGUGUGGUGAUGAUUCUAGUCUCUCACAAGCAGCCACAAAACAGCAACAUCCCAGCUGGUCAGACUUGGUCGACAGCAUCUCUUGCAUCUGAACACUGUGGCCGUACAAUCAUUUGUUUUCCAGACGAGACCCAAACCCUCUCACUUCUAUUUCAGUCUUCCGCUCCUUAUUUAAUAGCCAAAGGAUCUUUUCUGUCCGUGUAUAAGCCAUAGAUGCCACCUGACCUUAAACUCUGUCUUGAUUCACAGCCACUUGAACCAUAUUUGCAGUUCUUCUGACUCACCUAACUCCAGCAAUUAGGCAGUGCCUUGCAGUUCUUUCCUUCUCUGUCUUCACAACUCAAACCUGUGACUCGUUCCCAGAUGUCUCCUGCUCCCGUACCUUAUUAAUCAUUAUCAGAACGCAUGAUUUUAAUAGCUGGACUUGAUCACAGUGCUUAAUCUAAACUGUAUAUUUACUCAGAAUUUAUUUUUUAUCUAACAUUCAAAAUACCUACUGCUGGUACAGUUGUACUCAAUAUAUGUUUUUUUGUAACUGGUUCUUGUUCGUGUGUCUCUCAGUAUCCAUAUCCCAAUCGCAGCCUCUGGAAAGGUUGUCCGAACGCAGUUGAUCCGACUGUAAUUCCACAGCCACCUGACUAAAUCUGGCCUCCUGCAGCACAGUGCCGUUAUUUAUUCUCAGCACGUUGGUCACUGGUGAAUGACAGAAUUCUUUACACGAUUAGUUUGCCGAGGUGACCAACUGAUCUCCGUGCUGCAGGGACGGCUCUUAACAAAGCAAAAGACAGUUCAGUUGAAGCGUUGUUUUUGGUUAAUACUGUUACAUUUUCAGUGUCAUCGAGGCGUGUGCCACAUUUUUCUUUCUCCCCAAAAUAAAUCUAGACUAAAUAUCCUCCUGAAUUUAUGAUAGUCUUCUGUUUCUCAACACUGAUGAAAGUAUGAUCGUGUAAAUUCAAUGAUUAUUUUUCAAAGCGUAUACAUUUGUCUUAAUCUUGUUUCGUGCACUAUCCAGUCUCUAUAUUUUAUUUUACUCCUCCAAGACCAUCAUUGCGCCGUGCGGAAUGAUCCUAGAAGUUUUCUAUUCAAGAGUAGUGGACUCGUAGCUAGCAUGGGUGUUUUAUUAGCCUCUAACCAUGCAUGUUAUAUUUUCUAAAAGUGGACUAUUUACCCUCAAGUGCAGGAACACAACAGUCUUUUGAACAAAACACUGGUGCAGAGUCAGAAAGAUCUCCGUAGUGACGGUUUCUGUGCGUACCAUAGUGGAAUUUAGGGAUUGUCAUGGGAUCUACUUGUUUGACACAAGUUUAUUUUUUCACUAAAUAUGUUUGGGGCUUCGGCCCGUUUUUUUUUUUUUUCUUAAUUUAAGUGCUUAUAUUUUGACUACCUUUUAUUUAGAGGACAGCGGGAAUUACCUGCGUUAUGUGUCAAUCACAUAGAGGAACAUUUGUACACUCAUUUCCAUAUUUCUCUGGAAGAAAACGCCACUCUUUUGUACUUGAUGUCUUCCAAAUGAAAAUAAAAAAAAAAUGCUUA